AUGACCAUGAUGGAGGCCGGAGCCACGUUAGACACGGCGAGAAACGGCCGAGUCGCAGCAUUCGAACGGAUGUCGUCCUCCAAGCAACAUCUUGGGCAGGGUACCGAGUACGAGUUGGGAAAGAGUGCUUGGGAUGCUUCAAGUCGGAUAUGGGGCACCAGCAAAUCCUUCCUGGAUGGCCGCGUUGACACAUCCCCUGUCCGUCAAGGUUCUGUCUCAAGUUAUGGUCAAUCUAAGACCGCCUCAUCUUCGUUGGUGACGUCGAUCGAUCUCAACGAUGAGAAUGCCUCCCAGUCGAAGAUGUCCUGGGCCCCGGCCUCGUCCACCAUCGGCUUUCCGUCGCGACAAAGAGGCCAACCUCUGUCGCCAACCAAGCAGAGACAGAACCAGAUGUUGGAUUUCGCUGCCAGCAUCAACAACAGUGGUCCGCAAGAAUCAAGCUUGUUCGCGGGGAGUGCUCCUGAUGUUGAAGGAACUUCAUUCGAUGGGCCACAUCUCCGGCGAGCCAUCACAGCCGGCCCUCGCGCCCAUCCUUCUCCCACGCGAGCCUCCACUUUCGGACGCAGCCAGAUUGAUUCUCAAUCCCAGGUCUACAACUCAAGCGCCGUCAACUCGAAUGGCAUCUUUGCUUCGCUCCAGGAGUUCCAAGAAGAACAGGGCCAAUCUCUGCACAAUCAUCCGGCUGUGAAUGGGACCACUGAACUCUUGCCGCUGCAGAACAGUUAUGAGGUGACCAGAGAAAUGAACGGAAUGUCAAUUGGGAACCUCUCACGCUACAAUCCCGUUUCACCAGCGUAUGGGACAGCGAAUGGCCGACUGUUGAAUGCGGAUCAUGUCGAACAAUAUCAUCCAUCCUCCAAACAGAAGUACGACGAUACCCUGAGAGCUUUGGAAUUGUUAAAUUUCGAUCAGGGCACUGCUCAGGCCGCAGCCCCCCGGAAAGCCCCGUCACAAUACCAGCGUGAUAUCCGUCCCCUACCAACACAAGCUUCUUCACAAUCAAGCGCCCACUUGAGUCCGAUGGAGAGCAACUUUCAACCGCAAAUCGCACAUGUCGCAGACAUUGGUUCAAGGUUGGAGCCCCAAGUGGCUCCACACUAUGCCGGCUUUCAGUAUGGCGGCCGUGGCAACCUCCCCACACUUCAAAAUGACUACCGGAGCGCUCUGACCAGCCCAUACUACUCAACCACUGGCACACCGCCAACAGGACCUCAAUCCAUCCGCAGCACUCCGGGAAGUGGUGCCUCUAGCCGUACCUCGCACCAUGAUCCUUUCUUGUUCGACCGCAAGUUCACAAAUGUUGAGAUCUAUGGUUAUGAUCAUGCCAUGUAUGCACCCGCAUCCCUCCAGCCAGCAGUGGGCAAUGCAUUUCAGUAUGAUGCCCAAAUGCCAGUACAACCAAUGCGAAUGAAUCCACUGGCACAUCCCUACGUCGGGCAUGGACAUUCCGGGAUCACCAACUUCCCCUCGGGCCCUCGAAUGCCAAUUCGCGAGCCCGACCAAAGUCAUAUUGUCAGAAGCCCUUUGCUCGAAGAGUUUCGCAUGAACAGCAAGACCAAUCGACGAUUUGAGCUCAAAGACAUCUACAACUACGUGGUCGAAUUCAGUGGUGAUCAGCAUGGCUCGCGCUUCAUUCAACAGAAACUGGAGACGGCCAACAGUGACGAGAAAGAGCAAAUUUUCAAGGAGAUCCAGCCAAACUUGUUGCAACUCAUGACGGACGUAUUUGGAAAUUAUGUCAUUCAAAAAAUGUUCGAACAUGGCAACCAGACACAGAAGAAGAUCCUUGCCCAUCAAAUGAAGGGUCACGUCCUGCACUUGUCCAUGCAGAUGUAUGGAUGUCGUGUGGUCCAGAAGGCUUUUGAACACGUCUUGACCGACCAGCAAGCCAGUCUGGUGAAAGAAUUGGAUGGGCCUAAUUUGCAAAUACUGAAGGUUGUAAAAGAUCAGAACGGCAACCAUGUUGUGCAGAAAGCCAUCGAGCGUAUACCAGGUGAACAUAUUCAGUUUAUUGUCGACGCGCACAGAGGCCAAAUGGCAAAAAUGUCAACACACCAGUACGGGUGUCGAGUGGUUCAACGAAUGCUGGAACAUUGUCAACCACAGGCGAAGCGCGUCAUUCUGGAUGAGCUCCUCGAACACAUUCUGCCCCUUAUCAGCGACUCAUAUGGGAACUAUGUUGUGCAGCAUAUUAUUCAGAACGGUGAGCCUCAGGAUCGGCGCCAAGUUGUCAAUAUCGUCCUUCAACAGCUCCUGGCAUUUUCCAAGCACAAAUUUGCCAGCAACAUUGUGGAGAAGAGCAUUGACUGUGCAGACGAGGAUCAGCGUGCACAGAUUCUUCGCGGCUUGACGGCACCAAAUGAACAAGGUGUCACUCCAGUUCUUGGAUUGAUGAGGGAUCAGUAUGGCAAUUAUGUCUUGCAAAAGGUGUUUGGCCAGCUCCAAGGGUCCGAUCUUCUGGCACUGAGGGCGGACAUGGAACAGAACUAUCCUGUUCUUCGACGCACUAGUUAUGGCAAACAGGUUACGGCCAUUGAGAAGCUUCUCUUUGGAGGCAACGGACCGUCCACUACUUCGACAGCCAGUAGUCGCAGCUCGACACUACCUAGCACGAAUGCAAGCAGCACCGUUGAUGGCGAGACACCCCCUGCACAUCCAUCGGACAUCAAAUAG